AUGUGGAACGCGACACCCGUCCAGGAGCCGGAGGAACCCAACCUCACCCUGGCCGACCUGGAUUGGGACACUUCCCGGGGGAACGACUCGUUGGGCAACGACCUGCUUCCCCUCUUCCCCGCGCCGCUGCUGGCGGGCGUGACGGCCACCUGCGUGGCGCUCUUCGUGGUGGGCAUCUCGGGCAACCUGCUCACCAUGCUGGUGGUGUCGCGCUUCCGCGAGCUGCGCACCACCACCAACCUCUACCUGUCCAGCAUGGCUUUCUCGGACCUGCUCAUCUUCCUGUGCAUGCCUCUGGACCUCGUCCGCCUCUGGCAGUACCGGCCCUGGAACUUCGGCGACCUGCUCUGCAAACUCUUCCAGUUCGUCAGCGAGAGCUGCACCUACGCCACAGUGCUCACCAUCACCGCGCUCAGCGUGGAGCGCUACUUCGCCAUCUGUUUCCCGCUGCGGGCCAAGGUGGUGGUCACCAAGGGCCGGGUGAAACUGGUCAUCUUGGUCAUCUGGGCCGUGGCCUUCUGCAGCGCGGGGCCCAUUUUCGUGCUGGUGGGAGUGGAGCACGAGAAUGGCACCGACCCUCGGGACACCAACGAGUGCCGCGCCACCGAGUUCGCCGUGCGCUCAGGACUGCUCACGGUCAUGGUGUGGGUGUCCAGCGUCUUCUUCUUCCUGCCGGUCUUCUGCCUCACUGUCCUCUACAGCCUCAUCGGCAGGAAGCUGUGGCGGAGGAGCGGCGACGCGGCAGUGGGCGCCUCGCUCAGGGACCAGCACCACAAGCAAACGGUGAAAAUGUUGGCUGUGGUGGUGUUCGCCUUCAUUCUCUGCUGGCUGCCCUUCCACGUGGGGCGAUACUUGUUCUCCAAGUCCUUCGAGCCUGGCUCCCUGGAGAUCGCUCAGAUCAGCCAGUACUGCAACCUCGUGUCCUUUGUCCUCUUCUACCUCAGCGCUGCUAUCAACCCCAUUCUGUACAACAUCAUGUCCAAGAAGUACCGGGUGGCAGUGUUCAAACUUAUAGGAUUUGAAUCCUUCUCCCAGAGAAAGCUGUCUAUGCUGAAGGACGAAAGUUCUCGGGCCUGGACCAAGUCUAGCAUUAACACAUGA